AUGAAAAUCCUGUGCCUUUUGAUACUUAUCAUUUCAGGUACUUCUGAGAAUUCAUCAGCGCUCUACGUUGUAAAUGUUGAAAGAAAUGGAAAAAUUAUUUAUACCUGGAAGGGAAAUCAAAGAAAUACUCAUAUUGGAUUGUACGAUCUUCAGACUAAACAAAAUGAGCACCUCUAUAUGUUUGAGAGGGAUCUACGCAUAAUCAGUUGUUCGGUCAACAAUGAAAGGACGUUAUUGGCGGUCAGCUUCCGUCAAUAUACAGAGGAAGAAAGAAUAAGUCGUCUAUUACAGUCAGUAUCCAAGUAUUUAACCUUGCUAGUUGAAAUUCAUCCCAUUAAUAAUGUGAGAGUCCUAAAGGCUGUGGAUAGCUGUGUUCGAGUACAGUUUCUUUAUCCAGUUGAAGGCAGAAAUACUUCUACAGAAAGUCGCCUCUUGCUAGUUUCGGAAGAUAAAUAUAUUGAACAAUUUGACAUUCAUGUUGUUGCAGAAGAAGAACACAAAGUGGUAAUUCAAAACUCAGGUCAGCUUCCAAGAGCCAGAGUUGCAGAUGAUCUCAUUUGGGCACAAUGGGAUAUGCUGGAACAAAGGCUCUUCUACGUUGUUCCAAAGGAAUCAAAGAGUACUUUAAAAUGUGUCCAGUUUUAUCCUGAUGAAAAUUUUAUCUCAAUACUGGAAUCACACCUGGAUAUUUCUGUAAAUGACACACAAUUGAAACUUGUGAAUUUUGGAUAUGAUUACUGUCAAGACCAAGAUGUUGCAUCUAAAUCUUUGAAUCUUCAGGUUUUUACGAGUAAAGCAGGAGGCUUGUGUGUGUGUUGUAGCCUAGCCUCUGAUAUUCCUGAUGAAAUAACGUACUCCAUAUAUUUUUUACAUAAAGGUUACAACAAAACUUUUACAGUUUCUCUAGAAAGAACAGAAUCUCAUCAAUUGAAGGAAGUGGCUUUUAUGAAUCUUGACUAUUAUGUGGCUGCUUAUUUGCCUGGCCAGUUCCUGCACCUCCUGAAUAUUCAGCAUCCUGACCUGCUGUGCUAUAGUUUAUUUCUGACAGGUGAGGAUGCAAGAAUUGACAUGUUGCAACACUGCUCCAUCCGAUCCCCACUCACGUCAACAGUCUUGGAUUGCCAUGUAGGAAGUAUGUAUGCUGUGAGCAUCAGUGACAGCGCCUUACUACAGUUCCUACAGAACAGCAAACGAGACAGUGAGAGAUUGGCAGCUCUACAUUGUGCUCUGAUGCACUUCCGACACACAGAAGACUUGGAAAUGCAGAUUAUUUGGUGGAUUUCUGAGAACCUGUCAACAUGUCAUUCUUUUGACCCCAUUCAAGAAUUUAUCAUCGCCUCCCUGUACUGCAGAAUGUGUCCAGAAACUCACAACCUGGAUAAACUUUUGCCCUACACGUCACUGCUUGACUGGAUUGGGAUUAUCCCUGGAGUAACAUGUGCAACAGACCUUAUUUCUCUACCUGUGUUAGAGUUCCAAAACUCGAAAGGCUUCUGGGAGAAACUCAACUCAAACUUGGAGAGUGUGAAGUAUGCAGAGCCACACUUGCAUUAUCACAAUAAUGUGCUCAGGAAGGAAUGGCGUAACCUUUCAGAAGAGAGAGAGGAGAGAAGAACUACAGCGUAUUUGAGGAAUAUUUUUGAAAAUGCCAAAAAGGUGCUUUCUCAUCUGGAUGCUUGGGACUCUGAGGAAAGGCUAGUACCUCUCUUUCAAGAGGAAGAUUAUCAGCAGCAAUUACUAAUGGGACUGAUGGUUGCUCAGCUAAAGGAUCACCUUAUGAGACAUCUACAGUAUGUAGGAAAAAAGAAGAUUGACCAAAUAGUUUUGGAUUACGUUGCAAACCUGCUGAAUCUGGUACAUCGAAUAAUGAAAGAAGUUUGGAGGAGAUACCAGCUUCAUUCCUGCAUCUUCUGCUUUGAUGAGAGAGGAAGUACAGGAGAGUUUGCAGUGUUCCACAUCAUGAGCCGGAUUCUGGAAGCUGCAAAUGGCAUGUGCAUGCCUUUACCUCCUGGUUUUCACACUCUGCACUUGGGGCUUGGUGUUCGAUGUCUCCCUCUGCACACCCUCCUGCACUAUAUUGAUAAUGGAGUCUUGCAUUUGACAGAAACAUGUGUCAGGAAAUUGCUGAAAGAUCUGGAUGACACUGAGAAGAAUGAAAAGCUGAAGUUCAGUAUUAUCAUGAGGCUUCCCGAGGCUCUUGGUCAAAAGGUCCGCCAGUUUUGGAAUCAUCCAAUAAAUGCUAAUUUCAUUGCACGGAAAUAUGUGAAACUUUUGCUUGAGAAGCUGGGGAACAGGCAGUGUAGCCGGCCUAUCCCUGAGAGACUUUCAGUCCCUGUAGAGUUUUUGCCACUUAACUACCUGACUAAUAUGCUGGCAGAGAUAGAAAAUCAAGGUGUGCAUCCAUAUGAAAAACAAGAUCAUGUUAAUGUAAGAUUUAUAGAGGAAACUGCACUCAAACACACUAUGAUGCUUUUGGGCCUCAAAUAUUCCUGA